UGGCGGGAUAGUAAGUGAGGGGUGAAUGGCAAUGACCCAUGAAUUUGCAAGCGCCAGUCCAAAUAGAAGAAAGUGAAGUGAUAGUUGUCCAGGGCUAAACCAAGCAAGUUAAGAGAGAAGAUAACCAAGAUACAUCACAGCCCGAGUCGACGUUUCAGGAGUCUCACAAGUUUACACAUGUUGGACGAGAAGGGGUAAGCUCUGAUGUAAGUCAGUAUGGCUGAUAAAACUGUCCCGGGUGUGAUACGAAAACUUGAUGAGGUUGUGGUUAAUAGGAUUGCAGCAGGGGAGGUAAUCCAGCGUCCUGCAAAUGCUUUGAAGGAGAUGAUAGAAAACAGUUUGGAUGCUAAAAGCACCAGUAUUCAAGUGACGGUGAAACAGGGUGGUUUGAAACUGUUACAGAUUCAGGAUACAGGCACAGGAAUACGAAAAGAAGACAUGGAGAUUGUGUGCGAGAGAUUUACAACCAGCAAGUUAAAGCAAUUUGAAGAUCUUAACUCCAUAGCAACCUACGGUUUCCGUGGGGAGGCAUUGGCUAGUAUAAGUCACGUGGCCCACGUUACCAUAACAACCAAAACUGCGGAUUCAAAAUGCGCUUUCAGGGGAAAGUAUGUGGAUAGCAAGUUGAAGGAACCUUUAAAACCGUGUGCGGGCAACCAGGGCACUCAGAUCUCUGUUGAAGAUUUAUUUUACAACAUUCCAACAAGACGAAAGGCCUUGAAAAGCCCUGCAGAAGAGCACGCCAAAAUUGCUGAGGUAGUGAGUAGAUAUGCUAUCCACAACUCCAGGGUUGGAUUCACUCUGAAAAAGCAAGGAGAAGGUGUUGCUGAUGUACGAACGCCACCAAAUUCCUCAACUGUUGACAACAUCCGUACUAUUUAUGGGGCAUCAGUGGCAAGAGAGCUUUUAGAAAUUGAUCAUCAAGAUGACAAGCUUUCGUUUUGGGUGAAAGGUCACGUCUCAAAUGCAAAUUAUUCUGCAAAGAAAAGCACUUUCUUGCUGUUCAUCAAUCGUAAGUAUUCAACUAUUACUCUGUAUCGACUCGUGGAUUCCAGUGCCCUUAAGAAGGCGCUUGAGGGUGUGUACCAGGCCUACCUACCCAAAAACACCCACCCAUUCAUCUACCUCAGCCUGGAAAUAGCCCCACAGAAUGUGGAUGUGAAUGUCCAUCCAACCAAGCACGAAGUUCACUUCCUGCAUGAAGAUGCCAUCAUCGAGGCGAUCGUGCGAGCCGUGGAGACAAAGCUGCUCGGGGCUAAUUCCUCCAGAACAUACUUCACGCAGGUAAUGGGUUCUUCCUAUCUAAUUCCUCCAGAACAUACUUCACGCAGGUAA